AUGCCUAAAACAGUUGUCGUUGGAUUGUCUGGAGGAGUUGAUUCCAGUGUAGCAGCUUAUUUAUUAAAGGAACAAGGAUAUCACGUGAUUGGUUUGUUUAUGAAAAACUGGCACGAUGAAACGGUAGUGAUUAAUAAUGAAUGCCCUUGGAUAGAUGAUAGUAAUGAUGCUUUAGGAAUAGCAGAACAAUUAGGGAUUCCUUUCCAAACUUUAGAUUUAAGUGCUGAAUACAAAGAACGAAUAGUAGACUAUAUGUUUACUGAAUAUCAGGCAGGAAGAACUCCAAACCCAGAUGUUUUAUGCAACAGAGAAAUAAAAUUUGAUGUAUUCCUUGAGGCAGCGUUAAAACUUGGAGCUGAUUUCGUAGCUACUGGUCAUUAUUGUAGAAAAGAUUCAGAAAUCAUCGAAGGGGAGGAAAUGCAUAAACUUUUAGCUGGAAAAGACGAUAAUAAAGAUCAAAGUUACUUUUUAUGUCAGCUCAACCAGUUUCAAUUAUCUAAGGCAAUUUUUCCAAUUGGAGAAUUGCAAAAGAGUGAAGUGAGAGAAAUUGCCAAGAAUCAAGACUUACUCACGGCUAAUAAAAAAGAUUCACAAGGAUUGUGUUUUGUUGGAAAAAUAAAAUUACCGGAUUUUCUUCAGCAACAAUUAAAGCCAAAGAAAGGUAGAAUUAUAGAGGUUCCAGAAACGUUUGGUGCGUAUAAAGAGUACCAGAAUCGAAUCGAAAUUGAGGAACUAGCAACUCCAUUUACUUAUCAACCCGAAGUCGGAAAAGACAAGGGAGAACACAACGGAGCUCAUUAUUUUACUACUGGGCAGCGAAAAGGAUUGGGAGUUGGAGGAACACCUUUACCUCUUUUUGUGAUUGGCACUGAUGUAAAAGAAAAUAUAGUUUACGUAGGCCAAGGAGACCAUCAUCCAGGCUUAUAUAGAAAAGCUUUGAAGAUUAAUAAGGAAGAAAUACACUGGAUACGAGAAGAUUUAAAAUUAACUUCAGGAGAAAGAUUGGAUUGUUUAGUAAGAAUCAGGUACAGACAAGAUCUUGAAAAGGCUACAUUGAUACAACAAAAGGAAGACUUGUUUAUUCAGUUUGAAAACCCUCAAAGAGGAAUAACUGCUGGACAAUUUGCAGCUUGGUAUCUAGAGGAAGAGCUUUUAGGUUCUGGAGUCAUUGCAUAA